AUGUCGUCCCCCCUCCGCGCCCUCUCUCCGCCCUCGUCCCUUUCCUCCUACGAAUUCUUCUCCUACCAGCCGCACGCGCGCACCCAGCCUGCCGCACGCGCCAUCUCUUCCGACUCGGACUCGUACGCCUCCCUCUCCGACCCCGACGAUGGCUCGUCCGACGACGAGAUCCUCCUCUCCUUUUCCGACCUCUCUUCCGCCGACUUCCGCUCCCAGCGCGCCGAGCCGCGCACCCCCGCCGUCUUUUCCGACGACGAGUUCGUUAUCAUGAGCCGGCCCCGGUCCCCGGCCUCCGCGUCCGCAAGCGACGACGAUGACCUCACCGCCUCGUUUUCCGCCCUUUCGGUGAGCGUAGCCAGCACCCGCUCCUCCCGCCGCCGCGCGGCGUCCAACGGCGCUGCUCGCGCCCCCUCUUCCACCAUUGCCAAAGCCCCUGCCCCCUCCAGCCCGGCCAAGAGCUCGGACGGCGCUGCGUCGCCCAAGCGGCGGAACAGGAAGCGCCAACAGGCUAGCAACCACGCCCCCGAUGCCUCGCACUCUCCAAACGCCGACGCCGCAGCAUCGCAGAACCCAGGCAAAGCCGCGAGCGACCUCGCGAAGCGUCACAGCCCAUCCAAAGCGAGGAGGAAAGCUCGCCGCGCAGCAGCGCGUGCGGCGAUGAUUAGCCCGAGCCCUGCUGCGGGCCUCGGCGACCGUCCGAUCGUCGACGACGUUUCCGAGGCGGGCUCCGAGUACCUGUACGUGCCCCCGGAGCUGUAUAAGAGCGCGCAGCGCUACGUGUCCUCGGUUCUCUCGGCCGACCCGACAACCAAGGCCGAGCUCUCCAAGCUCGAGUUCCUGCAAGCACUCAUCAUAGAGCUCGGACUCUUCACCGGGCUGUCUGCGCUUCCUUCUUCGAUGCGGGCAGCCAAGGCGCUUCUCAAGUCGCAGGCGUUCGUGAACGUCCGCGACUACCUUGCCGUGCGCUCUGAGGGCGUCGACGCCCUUCGCAGCAUCAUGCACCCCUCGCGCUCCGCCCUCCUUCGCGACAUCCGCGGGGGCAGGAAGACCCCCGCCAAGACGGUCAAGGAGACCGGGCUCAGCGUCCUCCUCGUCACCUGCUACCGGUGA